AUGCCUUUAAUUCUAACGAGCGCCCCCUUUCUACUUUUCAGAUGCUACCUUGCAGAUGUAACUUCAAAAGGAGCCUGGCUGAACAGAUCCAGUAUCAUUUUUGCCGGCGAGGACAAGUGGUCGGUGGACCCUCGUGUGUCAAUUGUUUCGAGUAUUGGAAGUAAACGGGAGUACAGCUUACAAAUACAGAAUGUGGACAUCACUGAUGAUGGUCAGUACACGUGUUCUGUCCAAACUCAGCACAACCCGAGGACUGUGCAAAUCUACUUAACAGUGCAAGUUCCCCCAAAGAUAUGCGAAAUCUCUCCCAACGUUGUGGUUAACGAAGGCAGCAACGUGACACUCUUCUGUCAGGCGAAAGGCAAACCAGAGCCUUCCAUUUCUUGGAGACAUAUAACUCCAUCAGCCAAGAAAACUGAAACUGGAGAAUAUCUAGUAAUAACAAGCAUCACAAGGGACCAGUCUGGAGAAUACGAAUGCAGAGCUGAAAACGAAGUGGCAUUCUCAGAUAUCAAGAAAGUGAAAGUCACAGUAAACUAUCCUCCGAUAAUACUGGAGAUGAAGCUCACCGGAAUGGGCCUGGGCCGCCCUGGAUUGAUACGAUGUGAGACCGCUGCAGUGCCCUCGCCGCUUUUUGAGUGGUACAAAGGAGAGAAGAAGCUUUUCAAUGGACGCCAAGGGAUUACCAUUCAGAGCUACAGCACAAGAUCUGUUCUCACCGUGUCCAACAUGACAGAGGAUCAUUAUGGAAACUACACAUGCGUCGCAAUCAACAAGCUGGGAGCGGCCAAUGCCAGUGUGCCUGUAAUGUCUGUUGUGCAUAGAUCAAACCACUCUACAUCAGAGAGGGUGCCAGACUUCCGCUUCCUGGGAGUCCACAUCAUGGAAGACCUGUCCUGGGGUGUGAACACAGCUGAACUGGCGAAGAAGGCACAGCAGAGACUUAAUUUCCUGAGAAUCCCCCAAAAACUUCCGGUGUCCUUCUAUCACUGCUCUAUUGAGAGUAUUCUGUGCUACUGACCACACUGCUAUCGUGGGCUGCAUCAGGAGUGGGCAG